CACAAAUAGCCGGACGGGGACGACGACUCCUCCCUCACCAGCGAAGCAAACCCCACCUCGAUUCCUAUUCUUCCUCUUCCUCUUCCUCCCCCCACCACUUUCCCCCCAACCUCCCCCAGAUUCCACCGCCAGCCACGACCUCCCUCCUCGCCCUCGCCAUGCGCAACUCCGCCUCGGCCCCUCCGGCCGCCGCCAUGUACGGCUCCUACCCCGCGCCCCCCGCCUCCUCCGCCGGCUACGCCAAGAUCCCCACCUACCCGCCGCCGCCCUCCUCCUACCCCAACCCCAGCCCCGUCCCGCCCGCGGCCCCGGCCCCGAUCCAGGACCCCACGGCGCCGCCCUCCUCGCUCGCCAAGGCGGCCGAGCUCGUCACGCGGUUCCGGGAGCAGGGCCAGGCCCUCAUCGCCGCGCGCCGCCCCUGGGCCGAGGUCUUCCGCUCGCCGGCCUUCUCCAAGCCGCCCAACGUCGGGGAGGCCGUCUCCCGGAUGCGCCGCAACACGGCCUACUUCCGCGCCAACUACGCUCUGGCCGUCCUCGCCGUCGUCGCCGCCUCCCUCUUCUGGCACCCGGGCACCCUCUUCGCGCUCCUCGCGCUCUGCGCCGCCUGGUUCUUCCUCUACUUCGCGCGCCCCGCCGAGGGCGGCCAGCCGCUCCGGAUCUUCGGCACCGAGUUCGACGACGGCACCGUCCUCGCCUUGCUCUCCGGGGUCACCGUCAUCGCCAUGCUCUUCACGGACGUCGGAUGGAACGUUGUCGGCUCGGCCAUGAUCGGGGUCGCCCUCGUGGGCGCCCACGCCGCGCUCAGGUCCACCGACGACCUGUUUUUGACCGAGCAGGAGGCCGCCGGCAACGGGCUGGUGGCCGCCGGCUUCAGUGCUGCUGGACCCAUCUUGCCCACUUAUGUCCGCAUUGGUUGAUUGUGCAGUCUGGCGUGGUGGCAUAAUUGGUGCUCCAAUCUUCUUUCUUGAACCAUCUCGGUUUGUAUUCUUGUUUGCAAUUGUGCAUUGGCAAUUCUGGUUCAUAUAUGCAGCACAGUAUCUAUUGGUUGAUGUGUUGGUUUGUAAAAAAAACUAGAUUGGCUUGUGAUUUAGACUCAAUAGUAAUAAUUUAGUAAUGUGUGCAA